CGCCGCCCAUCGCAUGGCUGUGUGGGGCCUGGGGGGCCGCCUUGGCCUGCGCGGGUACCUUGACGCUAGUAGGUUACUAUGUCCCCGUUUCCGGAGCCGCGCCCCUCAGGGCGAGGAAGACCGGGACGGGCCACAGCCUUCUUCAAAGACACCCAAGAUCCCCAAGAUUUACACCAAAACAGGAGACAAAGGGUUUUCAAGCACCUUUACGGGAGAAAGGAGACGGAAGGACGACCAAAUAUUUGAAGCUGUGGGAACUACGGAUGAGCUAAGCUCAGCUAUUGGGUUUGCCAUGGAACUGAUCACAGAAAAGGGCCACGCCUUUGCCAACGAGCUCGAGAAUAUCCAGUGCACCCUGCAGGACGUAGGCUCUGCCCUGGCCACGCCGCGCUCCUCGGCUCGGGACGCUCACUUAAAGCGGGUGACAUUUGAGGCAAGCCGCAUCCUAGAGCUGGAGCAGUGGAUCGACAAGUACACCAGCCAGCUGCCCCCUCUCACAGCUUUUAUUCUGCCCUCUGGAGGCAAGAGCAGUGCAGCCCUGCAUUUCUGCCGGGCCGUGUGCCGCCGUGCUGAGCGAUGUGUGGUGCCUCUAGUCCAGACGGGGGAAACUGAUGCAAACGUGGCCAAAUUCUUAAACAGGCUCAGCGAUUACCUCUUCACCCUAGCCAGAUACGCAGCCAUGAAGGAGGGCAACCAAGAGAAAAUAUACAAGAAGAGGGACUAAGUCUAACUCACUGGGCCAUGAUGGACACAGGCCCUGCAUGGUGACCACUGUGACCUUUGCCCUUUGCCCUCCUGGGGCCUGAAGAGCUCACUCCCAUGGGUGCAGGCCCCGGUCACCUCAUCCACUGUCCCUUCCCACAAGGGAAGUUUCUGCCCAGCCUUCCCAGGCUGCCUUGCAUUUUCCCGGGCUGCCUUGUGUCUUCCUGCAUCUACCCAGGCUGCCCCGCAUAUCUGUGGAACUGGGGUCAACUCAGUAUUGCAGAAGAGACCAGUGACAUGGCUGUGAGGAAAGGGAGGUAUGCAGAAGGAAGAAUAAAAGUGAGAAAGAA